AUGUGUCCCGAUCGGCUCUUUGGACUUGGAGAUGCGGCCGAUUAUUUGUGGGGAAGCCUAAGCGGUCUGUACUUAGUAUCAAAUGGCGAUGCUUGUCAGCCAUCCAGGUCUUAUUGCAACAUCGAUGGUGUCAAUCCAUAUCAUAUUCUACAAUCUCGAAAUUUUUGUGCCAUCAUGGAGAUUAGACUCGCAAAAGUAGGACAGCGCCAUGCAUGUUAUCACGUUGAGGACAACUAUUAUAAGUAUUUACCAAGACUGCACUGA